GCUCCACACCCUAAACAGUUGGUGGCGGUAAUGCAUCAAAUUGGUAUGCCAGCCGCCAAUAAAUGUGCAGAAGAAGAAGAAGCUAGAGCCAUCAAACAGCUUUGAGUCUUCUGAGACCUGAUGGAAGAGAAUGAGGAGAGUGAAGAGCUGAGUGAAGCUGAGGAGAAACAGGAUGUCAAAACUGGUGUAAAAUCGAAGAGUCGAAGAAGAGUCCAAAAGUCCAAACAAAUUCAAGUUCACAAGAAAAUCCACACUGGAAAGAAGUCGCACACAUGUGAUCAGUGCGGGAGGAGUUUCACACAAAAAACAGGCCUUAAGGAACACAUGAAAAUCCACACUGGAGAGAAACCCUACACAUGUGAUCAGUGCGGGAAGAGUUUCAGUAAGGCGAACAGCUUCAAAUUACACCUGCGUUAUCAUUCUGGAAAAAGACCCUAUACCUGUGAUCAAUGCGGUAAAGAUUUUUUUAGGACCGAUGCCCUGAAGAACCACCGGAAAGUUCAUACACAGGAGAAGCCUCACAUUUGUUCUUUGUGUGGAAAGAGUUUUACUGAGCUGGCUGCUUUAAAAAAACACCAGAAAAGACACAGCGGUGUGAAGAAUCAUAUGUGCUUUGAAUGUGGGAAUGUAUUUUUUGAUAGUGCUCAACUGAGACGGCACCAGAGAACUCACAAUGGAGAAAAACCUUACAAGUGUUCACACUGUGACAAGAGUUUCAGUCAGUCAGAACAUCUGAAAACACACGAGAGGGUCCACACUGGAGAGAAGCCGUACCCAUGUGAUCAGUGCGGGAAGAGUUUUGCCCGAAAAGGACACCUUAAGGGUCACAUGAAAACACACACUCGAGAGAAGCUUUAUCACUGCCCUCCGUGUGGGAAACGUUUUGCUUCGUCAUCAUCUUUACUCAAUCAUACAAGAAACAAAUGUCUAAAAUCACAGUAAGCAGUUAAUUUUCAGAUCCAGCACUUUCAAGUGCAACAGUGUUCUCACUAAAUGUGGCACGAUGCAACAAACAAUCUCUUGAAAAAUGUGCCAAAACAGUUGUUAUGAGAGACAGGACCAAAAAAAAUACAUAUGAUAUUCCUCCCAAAAGAGCAAAAUCUAAAAAGUUUUUUUCUUACAUGGAAUUUUGUUCUAGAUCUAAUUAUGCUAUGAUUUUUGUAUUGUUAAAUUUAAUAAAUUGCAUUCUUAUAAUGCAUAUGCAUCACUUAAAAUGUGUCAACCAUCAUCUUGUCAGGGUUGUUUAGUUCUGUAAAUUCGUUGUGUUUUAGCUGGGUUUUGUUCUGUAUCUGUAUGCAGUGUUGAACAUUUGUCAUGUCGCCUAUGGCUGGGAAUACAAUAAAUCUCCAAAAAUAAAUACAUCAAUUAGAAA